AUGAAUACCGAGGACUUGAAGCAUUACCUGGCGGAUGAGCCUCCGAGUGUCGUUCAACUGGAGAUCGAGAAGCACUUUGAUGCUCUGUCUGACAAGCAGAAGAGAUAUGCCCAUUUCAUCAGCAGAGCCUCCUUCUUCGGCACGAGAAUUGUCUUCAGACAGACUUCACCAGAGUCCGAAGCAAUCUAUGAUUUCAUUUUAGCUUUGCACAAGAGCUCUGGUGGAGACUGGAAGGCACUCCAAGCCAAGGCCGGUAUUUCGGAUGCGGAAUUGAACCACAUUCUACAGUAUAGCACACAAUUCCUCGGCAACAAUGGCAACUACAAGAGCUUUGGAGACGCCAAGUUCAUUCCCAGAUGUCCCGAGUCUGCCUUUGCCAAGCUAGCGGCGACUUCUCCCGAGGCAGAGGGUUUCUACAACGCGACUAAAGGCGCCAUCUUCUCGUCUGACAAGUCGGCUCUGAUGCAUCUUGGUUAUCCUGAAGAAGGCCAUAUGACUACGUACUAUCCAGAGUCACCAGAUAUUACAAAGGCUGAAAUCGAAGCCGUCUCUUCGUGGAUGGAGACAAAGGGGUUGCUCCCCGAGAACACUCGACUUGCCAAGACCAGCGGCGGGAGUGUUUUCGAGAUUCUGAUUGCGUCAGCGGAGAAGAGUGUUCCUGGCGAAGGUGGUGACAUUGGAAAGGAAACUGAAUUUUCCAUCAGCGAGGGUGUGCUAGCUGGAAAGAAGAUCAAGCUUGUCUACGGUGACUACUCCAAGGAGAUGGCUGCCAUUACCGAGAAUAUUAAGAAAGCAGGCGACAAUGUCGAUAACGAGACACAGAAGAAAAUGCACAAUGCCUACGGCAUAUCGUUCGGAAAUGGCUCACUUCUUGCCUUCAAAGACAGCCAGAGAUUCUGGAUUAGAGAUAAGGGCCCUAUGGUGGAGUCGAACAUCGGUUUCAUUGAGACAUACAGAGAUCCUGCGGGUGUACGGGGCGAAUGGGAAGGAUUUGUAAGCAUGGUUAAUCUGGAGCGGACCAGAGCGUUUGGAGCUCUGGUCGAAGCUGCUCCUGCCCUGAUCCCCUUGUUGCCCUGGGAUAAGGCAUUUGAGAAGGACAAGUUCCUGUCGCCCGACUUCACGUCUCUAGAAGUUCUCACGUUUGCUGGUUCUGGUAUUCCUGCUGGAAUCAACAUUCCUAACUACGAUGAUAUCCGUCAGACUGAAGGAUUCAAGAAUGUGUCGCUUGGAAACGUCCUCAGCGCCAAGGCUCCAGACGAGAAGAUCCCCUUCAUUGCCGAGAAAGAUCUCGAGGUUUUCAAGAAGUAUCGAGAUGCGGCUUUUGAAGUGCAGGUGGGUUUGCAUGAGUUGACUGGCCACGGAUGUGGCAAGCUCCUGCAGGAGACCUCCCCUGGAAAAUUCAACUUCGACGCGGAGAACCCGCCAAUCUCGCCACUUACUGGCAAGCCUGUGACCACGUGGUAUAAGCCGGGACAGACUUGGGGCUCUGUCUUCGGUAGCAUGGCUGGAAGUUACGAAGAAUGCCGCGCGGAACUCGUGGCUAUGUUCUUGGGCUGUGAAUUCCCCGUACUUAAGAUUUUUGGCUUCGGAGACGGCUCGAUAGACAUGGAUGGGGAGGCAGGCGAUGUCUUAUAUACUGCCUAUCUCCUGAUGGCGCGCGCCGGACUCGUUUCGCUCGAGAUGUGGGAUCCUAAGAGCCGCAAGUGGGGACAAGCUCACUCGCAAGCCCGAUUCUCCAUCUUCCAAUGUUUCCUUCAAGCGGGUGACGACUUCUGCAAGCUCAAAUACGACGGAGAUGACCUGACGGGCGUCACCAUCAGCUUGGACCGAAGCAAGAUCCUUACGACCGGACGCAAGGCGGUAGGAGACUACCUGCAGAAGCUGCACAUCUACAAGGCCACGGCUGAUAUUGAGGCCGGAAGCAAGUUCUUCAGCGACAUGACCAAUGUAGAUGCAGAGUUCUGGGGCAAGAAAGUCCGGGAUGAGGUGCUGCGGAACAAGCAGCCUCGAAAGGUAUUUGUGCAGGCCAACACUUUCUUGGAUGAGGCUUCGGGCAAGGUGACGCUGAAGCAUUAUGAUGCUACGCCUGAGGGCAUGAUCCAGAGCUGGGCUGACCGAAAGGUCUAG